CGUGUGCGAGUUGCUGUAAUGGAAGUCAAAGGGGAAAAAAAAAUCGCAGGAAAAGGUACAAAGCCAUCACAAGAAAAAAAAAGAUUUCAUAAAAACAGUGAUUCUGGUUCUUCAAAGACAUUCCCAAAAAAAGUUGUUAAGGAAGGUGGACCUAAAAUCACAUCUAAGAACUUUGAGAAAACUGCCACAAAACCUGGGAAAAAAGGUGUGAAGCAGUUCAAGAAUAAGCAGCAAGGGGAUAAAAUACCAAAGAACAAAUUCCAGCAGGCAGAUAAAUUCAACAGGAAGAGAAAAUUCCAGCCAGACAGUAAAAAUGAUGACACAGCAGCCAAGAAACCCAAAUGGGAUGAGUUCAAAAAAAAGAAAAAAGAACUGAAGCAGAGCAGGCAACUCAGUGAUAAAACCAACUACGACGUUGUUGUUCGGGUGAAGCAGAUCUGGGAGAUCUUAAGAAGAAAAGAUUGUGACAAAGAAAAAAGAGUGAAGUUGAUGAGUGAUUUGCAGAAGUUGAUUCAAGGGAAAAUUAAAACUAUUGCGUUUGCACAUGAUUCAACUCGUGUGAUCCAGUGUUACAUUCAGUAUGGCAACGAAGAGCAGAGGAAACAGGCUUUUGAAGAACUGCGAGGUGAUUUGGUUGAAUUAAGUAAAGCUAAAUAUUCCAGAAAUAUUGUUAAGAAGUUUCUCAUGUAUGGGAAUAAAGCACAGAUUGCAGAGAUAAUGAGAAGCUUUAAAGGUCACGUGAGGAAGAUGCUGCGGCAUGCGGAAGCGUCCGCCAUCGUGGAGUACGCCUACAAUGAUAAAGCCAUCUUGGAGCAGAGGAACAUGCUGACAGAAGAGCUCUAUGGGAACACAUUUCAGCUUUACAAGUCAGCAGAUCACCCAACUCUGGACAAAGUAUUAAAGGUACAGCCAGAAAAACUAGAGCUUAUCAUGGAUGAAAUGAAACAGAUUCUAACUCCAAUGGCCCAAAAAGAAGCUGUGAUUAAGCACUCACUGGUACAUAAAGUAUUCUUGGACUUUUUAACCCAUGCACCCCCAAAGCUGAGAUCAGAAAUGAUUGAAGCCAUCCGAGAAGCAGUGGUAUAUCUGGCGCACACACACGAUGGCGCCAGAGUGGCCAUGCACUGCCUGUGGCAUGGCACGCCCAAGGACAGGAAAGUGAUUGUGAAAACAAUGAAGACUUAUGUUGAAAAGGUGGCUAAUGGCCAAUACUCCCACUUGGUUUUAUUGGCGGCAUUUGACUGUAUUGAUGAUACUAAGCUUGUGAGGCAGAUAAUCAUAUCAGAAAUUAUUAAUUCCUUGCCUAACAUAGUAAAUGACAAAUAUGGAAGGAAAGUCCUGUUGUAUUUACUAAGCCCCAGAGAUCCUGCACACACGGUAAGAGAGAUCAUUGAAGUUCUGCAGAAAGGAGAUGGUAACGCACACAGUAAGAAAGAUACAGAGAUCCGCCAACGAGAGCUCUUAGAAUCCAUUUCUCCAGCUUUGCUAAGCUACCUGCAAGGACACGCUCAAGAGGUGGUGCUGGAUAAGUCUGCGUGUGUGCUUGUGGCUGACAUCCUGGGAGCUGCCAUUGGAGACGUGCAGCCCGCCAUGAAUGCCGUCGCCAGUUUGGCAGCGGCAGAGCUGCAUCCUGGUGGCAAGGAUGGAGAGCUUCACGUUGCAGAACAUCCUGCAGGACAUCUAGUUCUGAAGUGGUUAAUAGAGCAAGAUAAAAAGAUGAAAGAAAGUGCACGAGAAGGUUGUUUUGCAAAAACACUCGUAGAGCUUGUUGGUAUGAAGAACCUGAAGUCCUGGGCUAGUGUCAAUCGAGGAGCCAUUAUUCUUUCUAGCCUUCUCCAGAGCUCUGAUCAAGAUGUUGCAAAUAAAGUCAAAGCUGGAUUGAAAAGCCUUAUUCCCACAUUGGAAAAAAACAAAAACACCAGCAAAGGAAUAGAAAUGCUACUUGAAAAACUGACUGCCUAAGUAGAAACAGUUAAGAACAAGUUGGAGUCAUUUUUCCUCUUCUGUUUUCCCAGU